AUGAAUAGACCACUCUCUACUCUGCUCUACUCUACUCAUUUUAAUGACCAAUAUGACAGCCUACGUAACUCAAUUUUUCUGACCGCUGAGAACAUCGGUACUCAAUCGACAUCCGACGAUCCUUCUGCAUUUCAGAUGUCAGAUGAGAUCGCAGAUCCAAAUCGGGACUCCUCGAUCGGCAUGACAUCACCCAAUGCGAAGCUCACGCCUUCUUCAAACCACCCCCCCAAACGAACCAAACCCGACACCAACGAUGACCUCGAAAACACCACCCCCCAAUCACCAGACACACACCCAACCUACCCUCACCCAAUCUCCAAAUUACCAGCACACCUCGAAAAAGCCAUCCAAGAAACCGGCACCGCAUCUAAACCCAACCCGGAGACAAAAGACCAACUCAAAGGCAAACCCAUGAACAACCAGCCCGACCUAGACUGCAUAUAUUUCCAACCCUUCCUCCCACGCCGAACGGCCGAUGAAAUAUUCCGCAUCCUGAGAGCCGAAUUACCCUUCUACCGGGUCGUAUAUUUCGCCAAGAGAGGCGGUACAGACGUUGAAAUCAAAACGCCCCGAUUUACGACUGUUUUCGGCGUCGACGAGGGGUGUUUUUUCGAGGAUAUCAAUAAGUUGGAUACACCCGCAGAGACACCAGGAAACACCACCAUCUCCAACAUGAAAGUGGGAGAGAAUCAAGAAUACAAAACCUCUCCCCUCACCCUGCGCAAAAAGUCCACAGUGACAAACCCAUCAACAACAAUCCCCAACUACACCCGCCCACCCCGCCCAAUCCCAACCCUACUACACACCCUAAAAACCGCCGUCGAGACCGCAACCAAUCAGUCCUACAACUUCGUUUUGGUCAAUUACUACGCUUCCGGCGAAGAUAGUAUUGCCUUCCACUCUGACGAUGAGCGUUUUCUUGGCUUUGAGCCGGCUAUUGCGUCUUUGUCGCUUGGGGCGCAGAGGGAAUUUUGUCUUAAGCAUAAACCCUCGCCCUCGCCCUCGCCCUCGGGUAAGCCUGGCGGUAGUGGAAGUGGGGGUGUGAUUAAAUUAGCGCUGGGGUCGGGGGAUAUGGUUCUUAUGCGUGGGUCUACGCAGGCGAAUUGGUUGCAUGGUGUUCCUAAGCGAACUGGGAGGGGUGGAGUGGGACCUGGGGGGAGGAUUAAUGUUACGUUUCGGAGGGCGGUUGUGCCUGCUGGGACGGAUAAUUAUUAUCAUUAUAAUGUUGGGGAUCGGGGGGUUUGGAGGUGGGAUGAGAUUCGGAGGGAGAUGGUUGAGGUGAAGGGUGAGAGGGAGAGAGACUUGAAGGGUAAACUUGAAGGGGAGGUGUAG